AUGGUGAGGGGCCCCAGGACCCCUUUGGGGCCCCUUGCUGCACUUUGGGGGCCCCCGAAUACCCAUUUGCUGGGACCCUGGGGGCCCCCCUUGCUCGGGGCUUCUUCAGCAGCAGCUGAGAUUCAGCUGCUGCAGCUGCGGCUGCUGCUGCCUCCACAGUGGGCCCCCCGCAGCAGCAAAUGCAGACACAGCAGCAGCAGCAGCAGCCGCAGCAGCAGCAGCAGCAGCAGGGGCCAGCUGACUAACCCCUUUUCCCCACAGCCACAGGGGGGCCCCCCUCACUCGUUUUGUGGGGCCCACAGGGGGCCCCCCUGUGAGCGUUCAUUUUGCGCAGUUCGCCGUAUCUCCGAGCCGGACAGCAGCAGCAGCAGCAGCAGCAGCAGCAGCAGCAGCAGCAGAGGCAGCAGCAGCAGCAGCAGCAGCAGCAGCUCCGAGGAAGCCUCGUUGCCUCCACUUCUGCAGCAAUUAAUUCCUCCCCAAAUGCGGCGCCGCGCCUUUGAGGGGCCCCCCAAUGCCCGGCAGCUGAUGGCUGGCCUGCUGGCGCGUGGGGGGCCCCCCAAAGCCCGCAGCAGCAGCAGCAGCAGCAGCAGCAGCAGCAGCAAGAGGCACCCAGUUGCUGCUGUGCUGCAGUACGCACAAGAACACAUAAAGGCCUUCGACGAAAUCCACUGCGCCACAGCCCUUCUGCUGCUGGGCCGUUUACGAAGGCAGCAAGAAACAGCAGCAGCAGCAGCAGCAGCAGCAGCAGCAGCAGCACCGUUUGCUGCUGGGCCUGGCUUCGUCGCUGCAGUGGCUGAGCAAACCGUGCGGCGGCGGGGGCAGCAGCAGCAACAGCAGCAGCAGCAGCAGCAGCAGCAGCAGCAGCAGCAGCAGCAGCAGCUUCUCCUGGCGCCCGCCAUGCCCACCUUUUUGCGGCAUCUUUACAGCAGCAGCGCCUUUUGCGCUCUCCGCAGCAAACUGCUGCAGCACUUCGAAGCAGCGGCUGCAGCCAGCAGCAGUAGCAACAGCAGCAGCAGCAGCAGCAGCAGCAAAAGCAGCAGCAGCAGCAGCAGCAGCAGCACCCCCCAGCUCGUAUCCAACACGUUGUGGGCCCUAGGGGCCCUCGGCACAUGCGACUUCCCCUUGGCCCUUGCUGCAGUUGCUGUGCUGCGGCCUCUCCUGCAGCAGCAACUGCAGCAGCAGCAGCAGCAGCAGCAGCAGCCGCUGCUGCUUCCUGUAGACAUUUGCAACAUUGCGUGGGGCCUGGCCACUGCAGCAGACCGUUCGAGCGCCGCCUUCGUCGUCUCACUGCCGCAGCAGCAGCAGCAGCAGCAGCAGCAGCAGCAGCAGCAGCAGCAGCAGCAGCUGGUGGCAGCAGCUCGGGAGCAGCUGCAGGAAACCCUGAAAGAGACUUUUGUGUCUUUGCUUCUUGCUGCGCUGCUGCUGCAGCAGCAAAAGGCUUUUGAAGUGAAGGGCCUUUCCACUCUGAUAUGGGCUGUAGCAAAAGCUGGGGUGUACAGACACCCCGCUGCAGCAGCAGCAAAGCAGCAAACCCUUGCUGCUCUCUUCCAAGUGCAAAAGAACAACGUGCGGGCCCUGCAGCAGCAGCAGCAGCAGCAGCAGCAGCAACAGCAACAGCAGCAGGUGCCGCAGCAAGAGCAGCAUCAACUAGCUGUGCAGCAGCGGCAGCAGCUGGAGGCGCAGCAGCAGCAGCAGCAGCUUAAAGGGCCUGAUGGGGAAGCAGUACUGGCACCAGAAGCAGCACCACCAGCUGCUGCUGCUGCUGCUGCUGCUGCUGCUGCUGAGGCAUCCCCGAGGCCUCCUUUGCCGUGUCCCUUUGAAGCUUCCUCCGGCGAGCCAGUUACUGCUGCUGCUGCUGCUGCUGCUGCUGUGCAGCAGCAGCAGCAGCAACAUGCCUCUGGGCCUCAACAGGGGCCCGCAGCAGCAUCUGCGGAGGCAGCCGUUCCCUUACUGGGGCCCCCCAGGGGCCCCCCGAGGGGGCCCCCCGCUGCAGCAGCAGCAGCAGCAGCAGCAGCAGCAGCAGCUGUAUUUGGGCCCUUUUGCGAAAAGGCCUUGGGGGCCCUCGGGGGCCCCGGGGCCCUCUGUGAACUCUCGCUGCAGCAAAUAGGAAAUGUGCUUUGGGCUUUUGCUGCUGCUGCUCACCUUUCUCCUCGCCUUUGUGAAGCAGCAGCAGCAGAGUUCCUUCGCAGGGCCCACCUUGCUGCUGGGGGCCCCCCAGAGGCCCCCCCAGGGGCUCCCAUAGGGGCCCCCCCAGGGGCCCCCCCAGGGGCCCCCCCAGGGGCCCCCCCAGGGGCCCCCCCAGGGGCCCCCCCAGGGGCCCCCCCAGGGGCCCCCCCAGGGGUCCCCCUAGGGGCCCCACCAGGGGCCCCCCUAGGGGCCCCCAUAGGGGCCCCCCCAGGGGCCCCCAUAGGGGCCCCCCCAGGGGCCCCCAUAGGGGCCCCCCCAGGGGCCCCCAUAGGGGCCCCCAUAGGGGCCCCCACUCGGGGGGCCCCCCGGGGGCCCCUGCCGAGCUGCCGCGAUGUUGCUGCUGCAAUGCUGGCAGCAUCGCAGCACCAGACCUUCCCUGAGGCCCUUUUUGUGUCUCUUCCGGAGCUGCUGCUGUCCAAAAUGCCCUCCCGCAGCAGCAGCAGCAGCAGCAGCAGCAGCAGCAGGUUUCUGGCGGAGGCCUCCCUGCGCGACUUGGCGGGCCUCUGCAUCGGCAUGCAGCGUGCUGCUGCUUCUGCUGCUGGGGGCCCCCUGCUGCAGCAGCAGCUGCGGGCUCAGGGGGGCCCCCAGGAGGCCGCGCUGCUGCAGCAAGAGGCAAGGAAGCAGCAAAAGGAGGCCCUAGCUCUCUUUGAGGGGGGCCCUCAGCCACACACUUUGCAGCAGCAGCAGAAGCAGCAGCAGCAGCAGCAGAAGCAGCCGCAGCAGCAGAAAGAAGCACAAACUCAGCAGCAGCAAAAGCAGCAGCAGCAGAAAGCAGCACAAACCCAGCAACAGCAGCGGCACAAACAACAGCAGCAGCACAAACAGCAGCAGCAACAGCAGCAACAGCAGCAACAGCAGCGGGAGCAGCAGCAGCAGCAGCAGCAGCAGCAAAGGUACAUGCAUGCAGCUCUCCUUGUUUGGCAUUCAGUCUGCCGAGAGAUAAGGCGGCGUCUGGAGAAGGGGGGCCCCCGUGCUUUGGUCUUUGGGGGCCCCUCCGGGUCUCCCAGGGGGAAGCAGCAGCAGCAGCAGCAGCAGCAGCAGCAGCAGCAGCAGCAGCAAACAGAAGCAGCAGCGUCGCUGCGAGAUGUGUGGUCACUCAGCUGCUGCUUGGGCUGCGUGGGUCUCCUUUCUCCUUAUCUUUUUAGGGGCCUCACAGCUGCUGCUCUUCAGCUUGCUGCUCGCAGCAGCAGCAGCAGCAGCAAGCAGCAGCAGCACGCCGAACAGCAGCCAAGCCCGCAGCAGCAGCAGCAGCAGCAGCAGCAGCACAGUGCUGCUGGGGACACUCUCUCCCCAAGCCCAGACAGAGCCGGGGGCCCCAGAGGCCUGUGGGGCCCCUGGGGGCCCCCAGGCCUCAUGGGGGCCCCCUGGGGGCCCCCCCGGUGCUGUUGA